AUGAGUCUCGACGAAAUUAGCAGGUUGGUGGCCAUCUCCUGCGAGUACUUGUUCCCAUUCUUGGCAAUUAUGGGCAUUGUGGGCAACUCCAUCACUCUCUUUGUUUUGCUCAGUCGUUCCAUGAGAAGCAGGUAAGAUUUGAGGUCUGGUCCCCGACCUUUUCAGAUGUUGACGAUGUGUAAGCACAGUCAAAUUUCUAAUUUGUGUAGUACAAACAAAGAAAGGGAUUUUGAAAAGAAAACGGCUGCGUUUUGCAGCACGAACGAGAUGUUAGCGGUGGCGGCGGCGUGUGAUAUUAUGUACAUCAUCUGCAUGAUUCCGAACCAAAUGAGUCGGUGGCCUUCGUUUUCGUUUAUAGACUGUGGAGGUUGAUUUGCAAUAACUUUUUCUCCCAUAAUGUUUCAUUUCAGAAGAUGAUAUCCAAAGACGGUGUCCGACCAAAUUUCACAUAUUUUUUGUAGAGUAUAAGCAUAAUAUCGCAUUCCUGCUCAACUGGUUUUCGGCAACAAGCACAUGGUACCAAAGUUCCACGUCAUCACGGAACUCACAGAUAUUUCAGGUGUAUCGUUGCUGUUUCAUUCGAUCGACUUUAUGCAAUCAAGGCACCGUUCUCGGCUCGCGCGCAAACGUAGUAGCUUUUCAAAAAAGUCAAAAGGAAGUGAAAUUAUUUUAGGUUUUGUUCGCGUCAUAAUCUCAUCGCGAUUCCCUUGAUCUUCUUCCUGACGGGUGCGAGCUGCUUCCACAUGAACUUCAAACUUCUCGAUGAUCAUACCGGACCCAUGAAUACCACGGUACAGUUGGUUGAUAACUUCGGAAUCAUAUUCUAAUAAAUCUAGGGCUCUUUUAACUUAUCUUCCGGUCCGUCUUUGCUCCAGUUCUUCACCAUUCUCAUGCUCUUCUUCCACAUCCUCCUUCCCCUGUUCUUCCUCAUCACUUUGCACACUUGUCUGCUCUACUACCUUCGGAACCGCCUCAGGGUAAACCACUCCACGUGAUGUAAGAUUUAAAAGAAGAAGAUUUUCAGCACUUCCUUCCGACUCGAACAAGGAGUGCUCGAAACUCUACAAGAUCCGAUGACGUUCCAGCUCCUUUGCUGACCAACGUGUCCGACCGGUCAGAGGUGGUUCGACAUCAUUCAGCGAACAGGUGAGAAUCAACUAACUCUUUUGUCUGCUCUCUAGGAAACAAUUCUUUCAGCGGAGUUUGGAAUCGACAUGUGAACAAGGCAGAGCGCCACGUCACCUACACGGUUACCGCAAUUGUCACCUGCUACAUAGUCUCGCAUAUCCCCUCCGCUUGUUUUUAUGUUUACCUGUAAGUUCCCAUUCUAAGAAAUCAAAUUAGACUUUACUAUUGACUCGAUUUUGUGCUAAAAUGUUAUUACUUUCAGCAACCUCUUCCACGACGCGCUCUACACAACUAGAUUCAUGUACACGAGUGCCCAACUGUCCACGACCGUAGUCACUUGCUCCAAAGUCGCCAACUUUAUCCUUUUUUGUAUGAGCAGGUGA